AUGCUGUCCAGAGCUCCGAGCAGACACCCCAGCAGGGAGCAGCCCCAGCGGCUCUACUCAGACUCCGAGGACCACCUCCACUGCUACGACUCCCACUCACAGCGCCUGAACGAGCAGCUCAGCGAGGAUCUGGUGGCCUCCCAGCGCGAGGCGCAGCGGCUGCGGCAGCAGGCAGCAGCAGCGCAGCGCGCGGCAGAGGCCGCCGCCGCCGCGCUGCGCCAGGCCCAGCAGCAGCUGGCGGCGGCGCAGGCGGCGGCGGCGGCGAGCGCUGCUGGCGGGCGGGGGGAGGGCGAGGAGCAUGAAGCCGGCAGGAAGCUGCGCCAGCUGGAGGAGCGCUGGCGCCACGCUGAGUAUGCUUUGGAGGAGUCGGCCAGGCAGCAGGAGUCGCUACGGGCGGAGGCGCAGCAGUGGCGCCAGCACGCCGACGAGCUGCGCGGCCACCUGCAGGAGCAGCAGCGGCAGGCCGAGGCGGCGGCAGCCGGGCGGGCAUGGCAUAUGCAGCAGGCUGGGCGGCCCGGCAGCGGGCCCACUGCCCCACACCCAAGCUGGGCAGCUGAGCUGGAAGUUGCCAGGGCCCAGGCUGCCAGCCUGCAGCACCAGCUGAGCGAGCAGCAGGCUGCCGCCGAGGCGGCGGCCGCGGCGACUGCCAGCCUGGCAGACGAGCGGGCCGCGCUACAGCGGCAGCUGGGUCGACAGGUGGAGCAGCAGCAGGCGCAGGAGGCGGCGGCCCAGGCCCUGCGCAGGAGGAUGGCCGCCGCCAGCGCCGCGGCAGCGGUGGCGUCGCAACAGCAGCAGGCGCAGCUGCGGGCGCUGCAGCAGCAGCUGGAGCAGCAGCAGGUACGGGUGCAGGAAGCUGAGCAGGACAGGCAGCAGGAGCGGCGGCGGGCCAUAGAUCUGGAGGAGGUGCUGCUCGGGCUAACCGACUUCAGCGCUGCCGCUGCCGCAUCACAUGCCGGCGCCGCACCACCAGUGCCCGCCGCUUCCAGCCAUGCAUCUGCGGAGCGACCCGACACCGCUGCGCCCGGCAACGGUAACAGCAGCAACAGCUGCCAGGCCAGUGCGCGUAAUCAGCCGGCAUCGCCGGCCCGGGAGUACCAGCAGCAGCAAUCCGAGGGGCUGAGGGCGGCUCUGGCAGCGGCCGAGCAGCGGGAGGCAGCGGUGCGCCGGGGGCUCGAGGCGGCUCGCUCGCAAGCUGAGCAGCAGGCAGGCGAGUUCCGGCAGCGGCAGCAGGAGCUGAUGAAGCAGAUGGAUGAGGCGGCAGGCAAAGCCAGGCGCGCCCAGGCGGCGCUCGUGCAGCAGAGCGAGGAGCUGGAGUCAUCCCGGCAGCAGCAGCAGGGCCUGCACCGGGAGUGCCAGCGACGCUGCCACGAGCUGGAGGAAGAGUGGAGGCGGCAGGGGCAGGAGCUGGAGGCGGCGCGGAGGCUGGGGGAGGAAGCGAGCCUGGCGGCAGCAGCAGCCGCGGCAGCGGCGGCAGAGGCAGCUUCCAGGGAGGCCAAAGCGGCAGCUGCAGCACAGGGAGAGUCCCAGGCUCUGCUGGCGGAGAAGGAAGGCCAGCUCGCGGCAGCACGGCAGGAGGCAGAGCGUCUGGGGAGCCAGCUGGCGACGGGAGAGGAGGAGGCACGGCUGGGGCGGCGGCAGCUGGCGGAGGCUCGGGAGCAGCUGGCAGCCCGUGCUCUGGAGUUGGAGAGGCACCGCGAGGCUGCCGCCGCCGAAGCCGCGCAUCUGCGGGAGGCGGCAGCGGUGGCGGCGCAAGAGGCGCAGGGGCGGCUGGCUGCCCAGCUGGCAGCAGCAGCGGCUGCAACGCAAGAGGCCGCGGCAGAGCAGCAGUCUAGAGUGGAGCGGCUGCAGACGGAGGUGCAGGAGUGGCGGUCUCGGUACGAUUUGCUGAGGGAGGAGGUCAAUGCUGCUUCCACUGCGCAGCAGAAGCAAAGCGAGGCACAGACAGCAGAGUGGGCGCGCGUGCCACCAGCGCUGCUGCCGCCCAGCCAGCAGCACACGCAGCCGCCAACUCAGCACACGCAGCCGCAGACCACGGGUCAGCUUGCUGUUUCAUUGAGCCAGGGCUACAUGCCUGGGGAUGCCAGCAGCGGCAGCCUACCUCUGGGCAGCCCGCCUGAGCGCAGCAGCAGCAUCGGCGGCAGCAGCAGCGAGGUGGCGGCACUGCGGCGGCGGGUUAAGGAGCAGGCUGGGCGGAUCGAUGCCCUGCUGGCGCACAUCACCCAGCUGGAAGGUGGCGGCACGGGGUCGGCCGCUGCGCUGUCCAGGUCAGAGGUGGCAGCGGUGCAGAGCCUGGAGGCAAAGCUGCAGCAGGAGCAGCUGUCCCGGCAGAGCCUGCUGCAGGCUUACACCGAGCGCAGCAUGCAGGUGAAGCGGCUGACCGUGCAGCUGGAUGCUGCGCGCGGUGCGGUGGGGGCCCAGCGGGCUGCCCUGGCGGCAGAGCAGGCCAGGGCUGCGGCGGCUGCGGCUGCGGCGGCGCAGCUCAAGGAUCAGCUCGGGGAGCAGCGGGCGGCGACAGAGGCGGCAGAGGACGCGCUGGGAGGCCUGCUGGCCCGUUGGCUGGCGCAGCAGGCUGUGCAAGCGGUGGUCAGCGAGCAGGAAAAGGAGGUAGCAAGGGGGGCUGGCCAGGCACCCGUCACACACAGUGCGCAGCAGCUAGCCUCUCCCGGCCCUGCCGCGCCGCCGGCGACGCCACCCCAGCAGCCACCUGAGCUGCACCGGCGGCAGGGAGGUGGCCUGCCAGAGGGCGGACAGCGGGAGCCGGAAGCGGCGCUGCAGGAGGAGCAGGCUGAGCAGGCUGAGCAGCGGCUGCAGGGCUCAUUCCUGGCACAGCUGGAGCUCCAGCGAUUGUCAGAGGAGAAUGCGUCGCUGCGGCAGCAGGUGGCGGCCAUGGAGGCUGCGCUGGCAGAGGCGGCAGAGGCCACUGCUGGCCACGCCAACCAGCAGCAGAAGAUCCAGUACCUUCACCGCGUGCGAGGCGAGCUGGAGGGCAUGCGCCAGCAGUGCAACAGGCUGCUGAGGGAGCGGUUUGAGCUGGAGCAAUGCAUCAGGUACCUUGCAGCCAGCAUGCAGCUGCCCGGCGCGGUGCAGCGCAAUGCCGCUGGCACCGGCACACGCAGCCCCGUCAGCCAUGUGCAGCCCAGCUCGCUCGCCGGCCACGUCGCCGGCAGCGGCGGCAGCACCGAGAGGGCUGCGCCAGGGCGGCCACCGCCCCGCUCCCUGUCUGCAUCUUCCCUGGACAGCGCCGCCAGCAGCCAGGCGAGCAGCAGGGGCCGCGUGCAAGCAGGGACGGCGGUUGAGGCCGCCAUUCAGAGCCGGGUGGCGGCAGUGGUGGCGGCAGGCGGCAGCUGGGGCAGCCGUCAGAUGCCCAGCGGCAAUGCAUGA